AUGGAAAUGAGAGGGUUUCAAUACCGUGGAGUCAGGAGGCGGCCGUGGGGACGUUACUGCGCAGAAAUCAGGAAUCCUCUUACCAAGAGAAAGAUGUGGCUGGGCAGCUUCGACACUCCUGAAGAAGCUGCCAGUGCUUACGACCGUGCCGCCAUAGCCCUACACGGAUUCAAGGCGAAAACCAACCUGCUCAGCCGACCAUCCCAUCCACCACGCCACACAACUACUUCUUUCCGCCCUCUUCGGAAAUCUCAGGUGUACCGUCGCCGCUACAACCGUUCCUUCGCCCGCUACAGCUGCUCAGCGAACCGGCAGGCCCCCUUAACACCACGCCGCACUUAUUUCACCCCUCUCAGGAAAACUCAGCAACACUACAACCGUUCCUUCUCCCGCUACAGCUGCUCAGCGAACCUGUGCCAGCUGCAGCCCCUCUUGGCCAUCGAUCAGCCCUUCGGUAACCCACCUUCGUCACCAAAUAUUCUCACUCCCCGUUGGAACCCUGCAUCCUCCGCUGCCCCAUCCCCUCCCACGACUAGAGCUGCUUGGGCUAACUUCCCAGAAGAAACUACUCUUUUUGGCGCCGACAGUCCUCCUUACUCCUUCCCUCUAGUCCCGCACCCUACAUCUGGCUCCGGCCUCCUCCAUGAAGCCAUCCAGGCGUUUCUGCCAAAAGGGUCGGGGAAGAAAUCCACCUCCUACCACUACUUUUAUUAA